AUGGAACCGCACCGAAUUUCGAGAGGUCAGGCCAUUAAAAUUCUUGUCCCAUCAAUUAUAUCUGCGUCACUUCUCAAGCACUUCCUAGGACUCGCAUUUUCGCGCUUCUGUUGGCAGUACUUGUUGUCCUCGUACAUGCUCUUUGACCGGGACAAGAAUUGGGAAAACUUGACCGAUAAUCAGUUCCGGCCGUACCUGGGCAAAAUCUCGGGAGGUCUGAUGACGCAGUUCGGUGAACUGCCUGCGCAGGGCAACCACUUCGCGCCAAAGCGCCAGCAGCCGAUUGUGCUCUGA